CAGCUAUUAGCUUUUACCAUUUGGGUAGCAGUUCUCCAUGCUCAAAGGUGCCAUCAAUAUAUUAAUGAAACUCACUGGCAACAUACCGUCUCUACAAUAAAGCUGUGUGCUUUGAUAUAACUGCCUAAAAUGAUGAAUAUUGAACUUUCCCUUGAAGAUUUCAACUACACAGAUGAUGGGACCACAAUGGAUUAUGGCGAUACUUACUGUUCAGAAUUAGAUGAAACUCCACAGUAUUUCCAUAAGAUUAUUGUACCAGUAUGUUAUUUCCUGGUCUUCCUGUUAGGGGUCAUUGGAAACAGUCUGGUGUUGCUGAUAUUGUUGCGUUACAAGAAUUCAAGAUCUCCAACUGACAGUUAUUUACUACACCUGGCAGUCGCUGACCUCCUCCUGGUCCUGGUCCUGCCCUUCUUUGCACUUGAGGGUAUUUUUGGAUGGUUGUUUGGUACAUUCCUUUGCAAACUUCUAACUUCUAUCCACAAACUCAAUUUCUUUUGCAACAGCCUAUUGCUGGCAUGCAUCAGCAUUGAUCGCUACUUGGCAAUUGUCUAUGCAAUUCAGACACAUAAAAAUCGCAGAGCCAAGUAUGUCCACCUGGUCUGCUCCAUUGUUUGGGUGACAGGUUUCUUUCUACAAAUUCCUAAUUUAGUUUUCUUACAGAUUGAUUCUACGAAUAAUGAAAAUGAAACCAAAUGCAACUACAUAUCAGCUAGGGCCCAUGACUGGCUUCUGGCUGAACAAUUUUUAUACCAUGGAAUUGGCUUUACCUUGCCACUCACAAUCAUGUGUUAUUGCUAUGCAAAGAUAAUCAAAACAUUGUACAAGACCCAGAACUUUGGGAGACACAAGGCCAUUAAAAUGGUGGUAAUAGUCACUGUGAUGUUUUGCAUUUGUUGGGCCCCCUACAACGUGGCAAAAUUCAUAAAGACUUUGCGCAACCUGGAUGUGUUUACUACAGAUUGCAGCUUCUACAAAAACCUCAAGUUUACCAUCAUGGUAUCAGAGAGCACCGGAUUCAUGCACAGCUGCCUGAACCCAGUCCUUUAUGUGUUUAUUGGGGCAAAAUUCAGGAGUGACAUCUUGAAAGUUCUCAGAGAACUGUGCUGCAUCAGACAAGCAACUUUGGUAAACUACCUUCAAAAGAAGCAAACUGAGAGAAAUAGGAGCAGCUCUGUUUUUGACAAUACUACUUACUGGUCCACUCUUUAAAUAACAUAAACAAGGUAAUGCAGGGGUGCGGGGCUAUAUAGAAAAUAUUUCACAAUAUUUUAAGUGUUAUGGGAAUAAGUAGCAAGAGCUGAUCUUUGGCAAAUAGAUGCCAACUUAAUUCUAGGGUUAGGGUUAUAAAAAUCAAGAAAAGUCAAGUUAAUAAAGUAAUAAAAAACACAAAAUGUUGCUUGGGGAAUUAGAAAUACAAAGCCAGGGAAGUUAUUUUCAAAAACACAAGAGAUUCUGCAGAUGCUGGAAAUCCAGAGUAACACACACAAAAUACUGGAAGAACUCAGCAGGUCAGGCAGCAUCUAUGGAAAGUCGGCAUUUUGGGCUGAGACCUUUCAUCAGAACUGCAAAGGAAGGAAGAGCCCAGUUUCUUUUUGUUGUUUCAUCGACUCUUUAUUUUGGCAUUGUAACUAUCAAGCAGGACUGAACAGAUAUUGAUGUUUUUGCUAGAUACGAGGAUGAGGCGGUGGCUUGCAUAGAGAUUCAUUAGUGAAAGUCGCAUUUUGCACUAAAGGAGGGUGGAUGUGGUUGUUCAAGUCAAUCAUCUCAGAUGCUGGAUAUUGGCGAAGAGUUCCUUGGGGCAAAUUACUUUUAUACUUUCAUAGUUUAAGAAGUGGGGCUAUGCACUGAUUACUAUUCAAUUGAAUUUACAAUACUGUCAAAAAUGAAACAGCAUAUGCUUCUGUGAAUUAAGAGCUUGGUAGUAUUCAGGCAUGAACACAGUGACAAUGAAAUUAAAAUCUCCAAUGAAAGAGAAUCCAAGCACUUAACCUUGACACUGAAUGGCAUUACUGUUAUGACUCUCCACUUACCUGGAUGAAUGUUCCUCUAACAACAUUCAAGAAGUCUGGCACCAAGAUCAUCAGUAUGCUUGACUCAUAACCUUAUUUACUAUUUACCCUUUCACUCCCACCAUUUUGACCUACGUGGUGGAAUUAUGUAUCAUCGGCAAAAUGUGUUGCUACUCUGUUAGCUGCCUUGCUGUUAGACUACCUUGCUGCCUAUUCCACGAGGAUGGAAAGACCCAACAGGUGAAUGUGAGCAUCACCAUUAAGUUCUCCUCCGUCACUUAGAAAUAUUUCACCAUUCUUUCUUCAUCGCUAGAUAUUCUCUAUUCAAUAGCAAAUAGAGCUCUCUUCUAUUUUCUUUAGGACAGUUAGAAAUGGGUGAUAGAUGUAGGUCUUGUCAUCAACACCUACAUACCAUAAAUAUACUGAACUUUUAUAAAAUGUCCUUUUGAGACAGUGAUUUCUCUUCAUGUGAUAGUCCUUUCAUACUUGGAAUCUACCUUGCAAAUCUUUGUUGGACUACAUUACAUACUUCCUGAUAAAAUGAUAAAGCUUAGAAAAUUCACCAGGUGUGGUCUGCCCUAAGGUAUGUUACAGUUGUACCAGGACUUCCUUAUUGUUAUAUUCUAGAUCUUGCAAUAAAGACUUCAUUGCCAUUAGUUUUGCUAAUUGCUUGCUGCAUUUUUGUAUAGACUUGUCAUCCAUAUACAAAGGAAAUUCGAAAAUAUUUUCCUCC